AUGAUUGAUGAUCAGGACUUGGGGUUCUUUGCCAAUUUCCUUGGCAUCUUCAUUUUCAUCUUGGUAAUUGCUUACCAUUUUGUGAUGGCUGACCCAAAGUAUGAAGGAAACUAAUGCUCAGCAGAAGGUCAUGGGGCAGCCCCAAAACUUGUUAUCGUUCCUUCUUAGAAAAUGUCUGCAGUCUUAACUAGGGAAUUAUGAGAUUGUAUCGGGUAAGAAUAAGUCUAUACUUCUGAUGUUGGAUUUUGUACUGUUAAAUUGAAAUGCCUUAGAAUGACAUGAUUUUUUCUUGUUUUCGCUUUGAUGCUUUAUGAGGUUUUUCAAGGAAUGCUCUUUUUUGUUAAAGGGAUUGUUCAACAAUGUAACUCUUGGGAACUUGGCACCAAUAAUUCAUGGCACUGAUAAUUUCUGUGUUUUAUUG